AAGUUAAACUUCCCAUAAGUGUAUAAAAAUGAAUUGUGACAGAAGGAGGAAGAGAAAUUUAGACGAUAAAUCCAUUUAAAAAUCCCCUUUUUCAAUACGACAUUCGUACCUGAGUUUAUUACCUUAUAGAUUGAAAAUGACUUAAAACAGAAUGGACAUGGAUUGUGAAAAAGAAAGUGAUGAUAAACUGGCUAUCCUGGAGUUGGAUCAAAUAAUGAAAAUGGUUGGAGAACUCACACAGAAAUUACGUUUUAGUAAUGUCCGAUUAAAGAAUUUGCAUGAAAAUAAAUAUGAAGAGACAACACCAAAUGAAGAGGAAUUGAAAAAAGUUUCGAGCAAAAUAGAAGCAGCUACAGUUGGUAUUGAAAAAUUUAUACUUGAAACAACAGAAUUACAUAACAACAGGUUGAAAUGGAGAGAGCUUGCAAAUAUACCAACUAAACGUGAGGCAACGGGAAGAAACAAUGUACAAGCUACAGACAGUGGAAUUGCCAGUUCAACUUACAGUGGCACUUCAAUGGUUAUGGACAGUAAUGCCUUCACUGGAGUACAAGAUACAAAUCCACACCAGUCUAGUUCAUUCAUUUCCUCUGAGGUGGAUGGCAGACAUGAAGCCAGUGCUGAAAAUGGUAAAGAUUCUGAAUUUGAAUGUUGAGACCAACGUCUGAUACAUGUAUGUAAGAUUUGUAAAGAACAAAAAAUGUUCUUAACGAAUGUCCGUGUUUGUAUGAAUUAGUUUUGAUUAGUACAUUGCAUUUAUUACAAGUAGAGAUAUAUAAAUAAAUGUAUGGUAUGCCACUGAAUUGAAACAAUGAGAGGUGCAUAGCAAUACCUAAAUAUUAUUGCUACAAUAUUUGUCAAUGUCAAAUGUAUGGUAUUCUAAAUAUAAAAUACUAAUAUGUAAUUUUUCAACAAGGAGUGUUCCAACAAUCAAGGGUCUUGUGAAAACAAGGCUUUUGUUUGAUGCAAUGUAAAUAUUAAAGAAAAGAGGAAAAUUAAUGUUUUUUGUCUGAAUAAUGACCUGUUAAAAUGCCCGCCCGAUAACAAGUAUUUAAAUCCAUGAAAUGUAUUUAUGGAUAGAUAAAUGUGCAGUUAGCCAGAAAGGAACAAAUCUUAUUUAAUCAAUUUUGAUAUAGAGAAGCUAUAACAGUAUGAAACCGAAUGUUAGGGUAGUUAGUUAAAGAAAGUAAGCUUUAACAGUUUUUUUAAAGCUAGAAUUCGUUACAUUAAACCAGAAAAUUGGUUAAAGGAAGUUCUCGAUGAUUUCAAUGAUUUUGUAAACUAAUCAAUCAGGGUUUUAACGAUAUAUCUAAUAGACUGCGUGGUUAUGCAAAACUCGUAUUGUACAAAUUCACUGUACAUAGAUGGAAACAAAAUGUAUGUGUGAAUAUUUAAAAAGUUUAAAAUUUAAAUAAAGUUCACCACUUUUUGCUAUACUCUGCACAUUUUACUGCAAUUCUUUUUAUCAUACAAAAUAUAUUUUAUUAUAUAAUGUAUUUAAAAUCAAAUGUGUGCAAUUGCUAGGAUGUGACUGCUUGGUACUUUGUUUUUUCCUCGUCUGGAUUACUCAACAGAAAUUCACAAACUGUCUAAAAAUGAAUGUAAUACAUGUACAUAUGCAGUAAUGAUCUUAGUUAAUGCACAGUGUAGAUUAUUACAUAUCCAGUGUCAUUGGAAAUUUAGGCCAGUUUAAUUUUGAUGUUAUCUGCAUCAGUACAACACAUUUUUAUGUUUAUAGAUAUUGUUUUAUUUUUUGUAUAUUAAUUUUGUUAUUUAAAACAUGCGCACAUAUUGUAAUGUUCAGUUCUCACUAUUUUAUAUGUUAUAAUUUGAUAUUGUCUUUAUAAUCAUUAUAACUAGUAUUAGCCCUUUGCUAAAAUAUUGAAGCCAUUUUUUUUUUACAAAAUCUAUUUCUAGAACAUGAAUGCAUUUGAAUCUUGAACUUUGACUUGUAUACUUAAAUUUGGUUUAAAUCAUCACUAUACAUAUUUCCUUUUCUAAACAUGAGCAAUUGGUGAAUACUAUUAAUUUUUAAAUCAUUAAUUGUUUACCCCUGUUCGUCCUCUUUCACAAUAGCUGAGGUAUAAAAUGUGAAACAAUCUAGAUUUUUCUUUCCUAUUAUCAGAACCUUUUGAGUAUGUUUGUGAUAUUUAAGUUUGCAUACACAUAUUAUUUAUAAAGGCCAGCAAAUAGUAUAUUUCAGCACAAUCCAAAGUAUGGUCAUUGUAGGGUACUCAUGUUUCAUAAUAAUCAUUGAGUGGGAAACCUGCAAUAAAAAUUGAGAAAUAUUUUAAUGAUCUUACCUGUUUAAAGUUACAAUUUUACCAAUGUUGUGUGUUGUUUACUUAUUAACUGAUGCUCACUUAUACUUUAAUGUGUAAACGACAGUAUUUUUGUUUUAAACUAAUCCUUCUUUUUAAUAUUUCCAUUUGUAUAUACUUUUAUAAUGCUAUUGUUUUGUAGAUAAUAUGUCAAAUUUUCAAAAGAUGUACAUUUCUGUACAUAGUACAUGGCAUCUUAAAAAAAAAUGUUGUAUACUGUGCAGAAGUAGAAGCUUUGUAAUUUUACUAAUAUAAUUUAUUGUGCAAUAUCUUAAUAAAGAAUUUUAACCAUGUAA